CCCAACCACUGUUACGCUUGCACAUUUAGGUUUCUCUUUCACCUUCGGAGAGCGAGGGAGAGGCAAAACGCGUGAAACCCUAGUCCCGUCUGCUUUCACGGCGUCUGCAUUCUUGCCGUGUAAAUCUAUCGCUUCCAGGAGAGGAAGAUCAAGAGGGCUGUUUCCUCAAUCUCGUCCUGCGAGAGGCGAACACAGAAACAAGCUUUCUAAAUCCCUCUUCCUUCUCGAGGUUGCGGGGCUUUGGAAUGUUGUUUUGAGUUUAUUUCAGCACCCACCGCAACCACUUUCUUCGUUCCUUUCCUUCUUUCCCUCUUUUAAUUUUUCUUUCACGUUGGAGUGAGUUGUGCCAUGGAUUUGGAUGAUUGCACUCAAAUGACAUGGGAGGAGUUUGAUGAGGAAGAGAACGGUUUGGAAGAAGAACAGCGGGAAUCAGUCGAAAAUGGACUCAUGUCGAUGGUUGAGGAAAAUUUAGAGAAUGAAACCCCUUUGCCAACUGAGAAGUCAUUCGAUGCUGUUCAACCUUUUACUACUAAUGAGUUUUUUAGCAGUAGAGAAGCACUUAUUGGAUGGGCUAAGAAAGUUGGGAAAGAAAAUGGAAUUAUUAUUGUGAUAAAGAGUUCUGAAAGUGGAGGUCCUAGUAGGAAACCUAGAGUUCGUCUUGCUUGUGAACGGAGUGGGAAGUAUAGACCAUCAAAAAAGGGAGAAGAAGCAAUAGGAGAAUUAAAACGUAAGUCCACAGGUUCAAAAAAAUGUGGUUGUCCAUUCGAGCUACUUGGCGUGAAAUCUUCAAAUGAGCAUUGGAAGUUGAAGGUUGUAUGUGGAUUGCACAAUCAUGCAGCAGCGACUCAACUUGAGGGUCAUUCAUAUGCAGGACGGCUUACAGAGAAAGAGAAAGAAAUUUUGAAAAUAAUGUCUAAGAAUCAUGUGAAGCCCAAAAACAUUUUGAUGACACUAAAAGCAGAGGAUAAGAAAAAUGUGACUACCAUCAAAAGUAUAUAUAAUGCACGCCAAAGAUACAGACUUAUAGAGAAAGAUGGGCAUUCACAAAUGCAACAAUUGAUGAAGAAAUUGGGAGAAUAUAAUUAUGUGGAGUGGCAUAGAAAUGAUGGAUCAACAGAUUGUAUUACAGAUUUAUUUUGGUCUCAUCCGAUGGCUAUAAAGUUAUUAAAUGUCUUCCCACAUGUGUUAAUCAUGGACUGUACAUACAAAAGUAAUAGAUACAAAUAUUCGCUGCUUGAGAUCGUUGGUGUGACAUCGACUGAGCUAACUUUUUCUGUUGCAUUUGCAUUCAUGGAUCAUGAAUAUGAGGUUAACUACACAUGGGCAAUGGAAAAAUUAAGGAGUAUAAUGACUCCUAAUACAUUUCCAGGAGUAGUUGUCACAAACAGAGAAUUGGGAUUGAUGAAUGCAAUACAUAAAGUGUUUCCAAUCACGACCAUCUUAUUGUGUAGGUGCCAUAUAUCGAAAAAUGUACUUGCUAAUUGUAAGAAGUUAUUUGAUAGAAAGGAGAUGUGGGAGAAGUUUAUGUUAAGUUGGAAUCUUAUUGUUUUUGCCUCGACUGAGAAUGAGUAUGAACGUCGUAUUCAUGACUUAAUAGUUGAGUACUAUGCAUAUAAGGAUGUACUUGAUUAUGUGAGAAACACAUGGUUGAAUGAUUAUAAGGAAAAAUUUGUUGCAACGUGGACAAAUAAAAUUAUGCAUUUUGGCAAUGUUACUACUAACAGGGUUGAGAGUGCGCAUGCGAAGCUAAAGAAACAUCUUGGAUUAUCUCAAUGUGACUUUGAGUCAUCAUGGACAAUUAUCAACUCUCUUAUUGAGUCGCAACAUAUAGAGAUAAAGGGGUCUUUUGAGAAAAGCUUAAUGUUGGUGCAACAUAACUUCAAAGAAGACAUUUUCAAAGAAUUGCGAGGUGUUAUAUCCAGAAGUGCAAUGAAUAUGGUGCUAAAGCAAUCACAGCUAGUUGAGAAAAUUGGGGUAGACAAGGUUGCAUGUGGAUGUGUGAUCAAAAUGACACAUGGUUUGCCUUGUGCACAUGAAAUUGCAGAGUUCAUGAUGCAGGGACGAUCAAUUCCUUUGUCGGUUGUGCAUCCUCGUUGGACAAAGUUACAUCUAGUGAAUACUGCUUCUGAUUAUGUGUCAUCCCAACUCACAAUUGAUUCAGAGAUUGAGAGUAUAUAUAAAAGGUUUCAUUCAGAACCUGAAGCAUGUAAACUAGUCUUGAAGCAGAAGCUGAGAGAAUUAGCCGAUCCAACUACGAUUUCAUUGAUGCCCACCAACCGUGAAAAUUAAGACAAAAUGUAGGUCAUCAUCAAAGAAGGAACUUAAGGUUGAUACAUUCACCAAAUGUGAUCUUUCGUGCUUUGAAAUAGUUCAAUCUGGUCAUAUGUACAUUCCCAGCAACAUGGAACUCAGGUGUUGGAGAAAAAGUGAUUAGAGGGUUGAACGGCCAGGUUUCUUUUCAAAGCAUGGCAGGAAGAAUGUAUAAUGACAAUGAUAGCUGGCAGUUUAUUUCAUUUUAUGGAUAGCAUGGGUGGGAUAGGUGGUGCAUCAAAGUUCAAAUCCUGGUAAUGUGGGUUGGUUCUUUCAGUCAACGAGAUAUCUGCUGUAAGGAGAUCCAUCAUUUUUUUUCUUCUUCUCUCUGUUCUGGUUAUGGAAGUAUUAGUAGAAAGAUAGGUGUGGUAAUGCAGGGUGUCAUUUUGGGUUUUGAGCGAUGAUGCACAAAUAUGGUGACAUGAGCAUGAUAGGAGAUGCAGUAGACAACACAAAAUCACUUUUCAGAGAAUACAGGACAUAACAUGGUAGGGGCAUGUCAAAAUUGUAUCUUUUCUGUAUGCCAUUGCAUUAAUAUUUUAUUAUAAAAUAUAUUUAAUA